GCACGGGCUCAGUUGUGUGUUUGCGGGGAGCAAAAGAUGCAGUUCGUUCGCUCGCUGCUUCCUUCGUGAAUGUACAUUUUAAAAGCUAUCUUUCGCUUUCCUGUUUUCAAGCGCUCUAAAUCGGUUCCCUUUCCCUGCCCGAUCGGUUGAGGGGGCGAAUAAUUGCCCCGUCCUAAAAGUGUGUGUGUGUGUUCCUUGGUUUCCUUUUUUUUCAACAUUCUACUCCAAAGAGUCCUUCAAGUGUGCGCAUAUGUGUGUGAGUGUGUGUGUGUGUGGAAUGAAAUGUGCGGCAAAUCACUUCCGGCGACCGGAAAACAGCUAAAGCCAAAAGUGUGGUGUUAAUGAGAAAUCGUUUCGCCCUGCAAAAAAACGCCUGCUGCCGUGGGGUAGAAUAAGAAGAUUCCCAUUCUCGCAUCCCACCACCACCCCCAAAACACCCCUGCCAACUGCGGGUGAGGGUGUGUGUGUGUGUGUAGUGGGGGAGAAAGUGUGCAUCGAAGCGCAAAUAAUUCACGCCAGACGAGAUUGGAAUGCAAGGACAUACACACACAGCCGCAGACACAGCAACACAACAACUACCGCGAACACAACCUCCUCACAUUUUCCAGCGACACGGCAGAGUAGCGCAGUAGUAGGCGGCGGCGGUGUUGGUGGCAGCAGCAGCAGCAGCAGCAACGGCUUGACAUCUUUCGACUUUUUUUGAAACAAAAGCGCAUCCAGUGAAGGAAACGUGGGGCCGUAAGGGAGGAGGCAACACGAUAGCAACAGCCCCCCUUCUCCCGCCCGAUGAUGAUUGCAAUGGAAUGAUAAAAAGAAACAACAAAAAGGUAAGCGGUUUUGUGAAGGCACAAAUGAAUGGAACGCGAAAAACGGUUGGCGCAACGGCGGAGGAUACAGCAGCAGUAGUGGAGGUGUAGAAGGCGGUUGCCAAGGAGAGGAGGGAAAACCGAUUUGCUCUCCGGCUUAAGCGAAGGUUCCUUGAGCAGUCUUCUCCUUCGUGCGCCCCACCCCGCAACGGAUGCGUGCAAAAAGGAGAAGGCAGUAGGGGCGCACCGAUCGGUUGGCCGCGCGGCGGAGGAUAGCAAAAACACGCGGGAUUCAAAAAUGCAUUAUUUGAUUAAGCACAUCCGGCACAUCCGGCAGUCGUCCGGGUCCGGUGUAGAGUAAAGUGGGUGGUACAAACGCGGUGGUGGUGGAAGAGAAGAAGCCUUCGCUCCUCCUUCUGGGGCGGAUUUUUGCGGGGCAAGAGGCCAGCCAGAGGAGGGUGGGGGUUGGUAACGGGCAGGGACGAUGGUAACGAUGACCUCGGAAGUUGAUAAAGACAAGGCAGCAGUGACAGUAGUGAUAAGUGCACCGAAAAAGAUGAACGCUAACGGCAACGAAAGGGACAAGGAUCGGGACAGGGAAACGAUUACGUCCAGCAACAGUAGCAACAACUGCAAUCGGGGAUCGGCUGGAACGGAUGGAGGAGAGGGCACAGUUACCCAGGGUGGGGCUGGGAAUGCGGUAGUGCCACCAGCCGGGAGUGGCGGUAAUAACAUUAGUAGUAGUAGUAGUACAACGGUGGCUACAACUUCAACGGCAACAAUCACAACAACAACGACGGCAACGAUCUCCUCCAGUGCCGCCGCCGGUACGAGCGCCGGAUCGUCCGGUAACAAGCCGGGCCAGGGUGGUCAACCCUCCCAUGCACAGGCCACCCAGGCGGCACUGAACCAGGAUGCACCGAACAUUUUAGUGUAUAAGAAGAUGGAAGCGAUCGUCGAGCGGAUGCAGGGUGAGGAGGGCGGCGUCUCGGUGCGCACCAUCAAAGCCUUCAUGAGCAAAGUACCGUCCGUAUUCACUGGUGCCGAUCUGAUAGCGUGGAUCAUGAAGAAUCUCAGCAUAGACGACGUGAACGAGGCGCUGCAUCUGGCCCACCUGCUCGCCUCCCACGGGUAUCUGUUCCCGAUCGACGACCACCAGCUGACGGUGAAGAACGACGGCACGUUCUACCGCUUCCAGACGCCCUACUUCUGGCCCUCCAACUGCUGGGAGCCGGAAAACACCGACUACGCCGUGUACCUGUGCAAGCGAACGAUGCAGAACAAGACGCGCCUCGAGCUGGCCGACUAUGAGGCGGAAAAUUUGGCCAAGCUGCAGAAGAUGUUUUCCCGCAAGUGGGAGUUCAUCUUCAUGCAGGCGGAGGCGCAAAGCAAGGUGGACAAGAAGCGGGACAAGCUCGAGCGCAAGGUGCUCGACUCGCAGGAGCGUGCGUUCUGGGACGUGCACCGGCCAAUGCCGGGCUGCGUCAACACGACCGAGGUGGACAUCAAGAAGGCGUACCGGCGCGGCGCUUCCAGCCUGGGCUCGGGAUCGUCCGGUACGGCCGGCAAUAGCAACCCGGUCGAGCAGCUGACGCGCCAGAUAAAGCUGCUGAAGCUAAAGCUCGAGCGACGCACGAUCAAAAUCUCCAAAGUGGCCGAAUCCUACACUUCAUACUUUGAGCAAUACAAUGAGUACGAUAGCUUUCUGAACCCACCAGAUCAACCGAACCCUUGGAUCACGGACAAUACCGAGAUGUGGGACGCCGAUCGAACUGCCAAAGACGUAUCGCUAAAGCGCGUCAAGCGGUGGGGCUUUAGCUUGCGCGAACUUCUGAACGAUCCCGUCGGUCGGGAACAGUUUUCGAAGUUUCUGGACAAGGAAUUUAGUGGGGAAAACCUCAAGUUCUGGGAGUCGGUACAGAGCAUGAAGGCACAACCGCAGUCGAAGGUGAAAGAGGCGGCCCAUGCAAUAUAUCUGGAGUUUCUCGCCCCGGACGCGCCGUGCCCGGUGAACGUGGACUCGAAAUCGAUGGAGCUGGCCCGGGAGGCGGUAAGCAGUGCGGCACCGCCGAACCGCUGGUGCUUCGAUGUGGCCGCCGCCCACGUGUACCAUCUGAUGAAGAGUGACUCCUACUCACGCUACCUGCGCUCCGACAUGUACAAGGAGUAUCUGAACGGGUCGAAAAAGAAGAUCAAAUCCAUACCGAACCUGUUCGGCGUGAAGCGCUAAGGCACGGGCGCACCACAGUCAUGCUUUUACGACGAUAAAACGAGCGAAGUGCAGAAGACGCGCGUGCAAGAAAUAUCGUACUCCUCUCGAAUGAAAAUAGCGGGUAGCAUAGAGCGUGGUGUGGUAGUGGUAGUAGUAGUAGUGGUAAAGCAAAAUGAUAUAUGUAGACGAGGAGGGGGCUUGUUACAGUUUCGUUCUGAUCGUGUGUGCGCGUGUGUUCAUAGAACGAUUGUUUUAUUAGCGUCAUUGAUCGCCAUAACUGAAGUAGUGUGUAAGCGGAAGUACAUACACACACGCGCGAAGUGGAGGAAACGUUAUGCUAAGAUUUAAAAAGCGGAACACGUGCUAAGGCCGUGUUUCGCGAUGCCAUUUACUGUAACGUAUUUGCCAGAUAGCGGGGCAGGCCGCGCGAUACCAUAUAAUAGCGAAACGCAAACACGCAACAAAAAAAAAAAACUAACAAGAACAACACAAAAACCAACCAAAUACAACCAAACAAAGGAAUUGUUGAUGAAACUUCAUCGAACGGGUGGAGAUAGCGUUUAUUUCGUACGCAGCGCGCGAAUAAUCGAUGCGCAUUGUGCAGUGCGAUGUAUCUCAUUUAGUGUAAAAGUAAAAGAAACAUACAAAAGAAACUAGUGAAAUACUUAUAAUAGUGUAAGAGUAGUGCAAACAACAUAGGGAAAGAAACGGAGCGCACAUGACGACUGUGGGGGGUGGUGCAGAAUGCGUUGUUGAAGAGAGCUCGCCAUGCGCGGUUCGAAAAUGUGUGGAGCGAACGGGUAGCAAUGCCAUUAGAAUUAUACAACAGAUACAAUGCAUAUUAGGUAAAUGAAAACGCAACAACAAGACAAGAGCAAAUAUUAUUAUAUUGAAAUAAAUAUAUCAUAUAUACAAACACUCAUACAUACGAAGUGUCACCCUCGCCCUUCCUGAUCCAGAACACACUAACAAAACCCAGCCCACCCUAUUCCCAUUCGUGAAGACAAAAAGAAAAAAAAAACCAAGAAAUAUGCGAAUUUGAAACAAGCAAAUACAACCAAACGCACAUACAUCAGAUGGCAUUAUACACAUAUACAAGAAAUACGGUUACAGAGACACAGAACACACAGACAGCCUGCAAACUGUAAACAUUCCUAAAGGAAAACAGUCCGAGGGGACGUGCGUUUACAGCGUGGAAACAUAAGUGAGACAACAUAAUAAUAGAGCUGUAGCAGAUAGUAUUGAUUGAUAAACAAUAAUACCGAUGCGGGGAGGAUAGACAAGAAGUGUUAUAAUACUAUUACAACAGCAACAACAACAAAAAUCCGUUAGAACACAAAGAACAAGACAAGUUCGUUAUUAUGAUGGAAUAAAUGAGAAUCGAGAAACUAAA